GAUACAUGAGUAAGACUUGUUUUCCCUUCUUCGAUUUUAACCCGCGCAAGUUUAAAAAGAAAAGAAGAAAGUCAAGAGAAAAAGCAAUGUCAGAGAAAAGAAAUAAUUUCCAAGAUCCCAAAGGUAGUAACAUGACAUUCGACUUUACCGACUGUACUAUCGAUAAGGAUGACUCUAAACAGGUUACGCUAGAAGAAGAUGACAUCGAUGCGCCAGUCGUAUUUCUCUGCGGGAGUUGCAAGUUGCCUGUCGGUGACUCGUUGUCUUGGGCUGGAAGUGAGGAGGAAAAUAAUCAAAUUAUUUUAAAACGUGUCAGUGACAAUGUUAUAGUUGGCAAAGAAACACACAUCGCUGGUACUAUAAAAGAACUAGGAUGCCUGGUUGUUCAUCUGACCUGUGGGGGAUGCAGUUCUCUGCUUGGCCUGGUCUACAUCUCCACACCCAGGAAACUGGACUACAUCCGGUCCCUGUUUUGCCUAGACGUGGCGGCCAUAGAGAGCUAUGUCCUGGGCUCUUCCAAACAGCAGGUGGCGUCAUUGAGCACCAAACAGCAGCCGAUCACACUGGAGUACCGACAGACUGUGGAGCAACAGCUGGCCGAGAUCAAGGCGGUGACUCUGUCUAUGGGACAGAGGUUGCUGGGGCUGGAGGCAGAACUGCAGUGUAAAAGUCAGAUGUGAUGAUCCGCCUCGACCCAGACCCUGUACACUCAAUCCCAACCCGCUUUUUUCCCAAGUUUCCCAUUCACCGAUUUAUGCUUUGUCCUGGGCCGUUUUUCAAUUGUUUUCUUGUGCCUGCUGUCUUCUCACUUCUAUAAACACAUUGGGGGGGGGGGGAGGACCUUUUGGCUUUGAAAUCUAAUGAGAUUUGAGGAGGCAAGAAGAGGAGAAUUGAAAAAAGGCUUUGGAAAACGGCGUGUUUUGGGUUAUGGGCUGAAUGUCUGUCAUCACUUGUUAAAUUGUCCACUAUAUGUUCUUAUUAUAUCAAAUAUAUUUCUAUGUAAAGUAAUUAUGGAAUGAAAAUGUUUCCUUUGUUGUUUUGUUUGUUUUUGAAAGAUAUUAAAAUGAGUUCUAAAAUGU